UUGCUUCGGAAUGGGGAUUGGGUUUAAUCAGUUUAAUGAUUUUCAUUCAAUUUUCCACAUUGGGAUGAUUGGGAUCUAGCAUCUAGCGGUAUUAAAAUGAAUAUUGACAUGGGCCAUAACAUUAAAUUAACGGAAAACAUAAAGCGUAUAAAAAACUGUGAAUAACUAGACAAUUGACGCUCAAUCUCAGCUCUUAAUAAUGGCAGCUACUUACUAUAUGUUAAAGUUACUCAAAAAGAAACGUAUGGCUCGUAAACUUCGUAAUCUUACAAAUGGGAACGUAAACAAUGCGCAAAUAAUUACAGACCACACUUCAGAUAAUACUUUCCGGUGCAGGGUAUGUUUAAAGAAAGGUAGUAUACCAAUAUUUGGCGAUGAAAGGUGUAGAGAUAUAUCCGAAGAUAUAUGUUUAUUUGGUGACAUAGUAAUUAAUAAGGAAGAUAAUCAUCCUCAGCACUUGUGUGACGCUUGUAACGCCUUGCUUGAUGCUGCCCUCCUUUUUCGGAGAACUGCAAAAGAUACUGAAACAUUGCUUAUGAAAAGUUUAGAAAAAGACACUGAAGCACCUGACAUUGUUGAUUAUGAUCAUGAAACAAAUGCAGAUGAAAUCACUCAUAAUGAUGAAUACGAAUCUCAAUUGCAACCCGUAAAAUCCCAUAACUGUAAGUUAUGUAAGAAGAGUUUUAGAACAAAUGAAGAAUAUGCAAGACACAGAAGUUCCAGGGAACAUAAGAAUGUAAGGAUACAAUGUUCUAUUUGUCACCGUUUGCUAACAGCUCAGUUAUAUAAGAAACAUUUAGUCAGGCAUCAAACUGCAUCACAUUUGAUAUGUGAAGUUUGUGGCAAAUUGUAUAGAAAAGACAAUUUAAUUAGACAUCUACAGUUGCACAGUUUUGACUUACCAUUCCAAUGCCAAGUGUGCCCAUACAGAGGCAGAUUUAUUGAGUCGCUUAGGAUUCACAUGAGAACACACACUGGAGACAAACCAUUUUCUUGCGACAAGUGCCAGCUUAGGUUCUUGACUCGCAGCAACCUCAAUAGGCAUCUACUAACACAUAGGAAAGAAAGGCCAUUCAAAUGCUCUGACUGUGGAAGGGGAUUUUACACCAAGUGCGAUAUGGAUGUACAUUUUAAAUCAGAUCAUGUAGGGAUCAAAGAUUUUGGGUGCAGAAUGUGUGGAAGCAAGUAUGGCACAAGAAAAGCAUUGAUGAGACAUGAAUUGAGGGUUCACAAAAGGGAUAAGAUGGCUAAAGGAAGAGUGCCAUUAUAUUUACAGAGUGAAUACAGAAAACAAAGUGAUGAGCACAUGCAAAUUUAAAACUAAAUGAACAUGGAAAAAGAAUAAUAAUUCCAGCCAGUAACACACUAAAGGGGCCCACUGAUUACCAGUCCGCCGGACGAUAUCAGCCUGUCAGUUGUUUGGAACUGUCAAAUAUUACUGAUAUCGUCCGGCGGACUGAUAAUCAGUGGGCACCUUAAAUGACAAAUUGAUCAGGUUGUUGGUUUUGUUAGUACCUUUCCUUUAACAUCCCAUUCUAAAAUUAUACCUAUAGUUGGUCAAGUAAAUCUUGUCAGUAGAAAAGGGCGCAAUUUUUUUUUAUGGGAUGAUAACCCUUCGCGCCUACAUUUUUAAAUUUGCCGCCUUUUUCUACUGACAAGAUUUGCUUGACCAACAAUAUUUACUAGGCGUUAUUCAAUAAAAUUA